AUGACUUUUCGACUGCUCCCUCCUGCUCCAGGAAGUGCUCAAUCAUUUGCUGCUGUGAUCGCCAGUGCCUGGCUGACUCAGCCUGUUAUAACAAGUUCAAGAAACUAUAAGUGCAUAGAUCGGAGAGGAUUCAAAAACAUUUGUCAUCACUGUGGGAAGACGUUUAAAAAGCCCAGUCAGCUUGUUAGACAUAUACGCAUUCACACAGGUGAGAGGCCAUAUAAAUGCACUCACUGUGGAAAGGCCUUCAACCAAAAGGUGGUGCUGCAGACACACAUGGUGCGACAUACAGGGGAGAAACCUCACAUGUGCUUGCUUUGUCCUGCCUCUUUCUCCCAAAAAGGAAACCUUCAUUCGCAUGUUCAGAGAGUUCACUCACAGGCAAGUGAUGUUCCACUCUUCCCAUGUAUGGAUUGUAGCUGUGUCUAUAAAAAGCUUGGCAGCCUCAAUGCUCACAUCAGCAAAAUGCACAUAUCAGUAAUGGAAGUUGAGGAGCCAGCAACACAGAAAGGAAAUGCAAGGGUUGAUCAGGGUGCAGUGGGGUCAGAAGGGGCAGAGGGUGUGACCGAUGUGAUCCAACAGCUGCUGGAGCUGUCUGACCAUGUGACGGCAGACAGUGCUCAAGCACCUCCCCCUGGGCAGCCCAUAGGCACGGCAAUCAACCAGGACAUCCUGCAGCAAGCUCUGGAGAACAGUGGACUGACUGAGAUUCCAGUUCAGCCUGAAACUCAGAGCAGCUCAGAAAAACUUCAGCCAGACACAGCUGCCCCGACUGCCACUUCAACAAAUGAUGGACCUGUCCCCUCAAAAAUACUUAUGACUGACACAGUUGUAAAAAAGGAGAAAAGAAGCAUUAUCAAAAAGCCUCCACAGAUGCUAGGCACCAUCAGGCAGGAGAAUGGUGUGAGGUGGCACGGCUGUCCAUACUGCUCCAAAGAGUUCAAGAAGCCCAGCGAUCUGGUCCGUCAUAUCCGUAUUCACACUCAUGAAAAACCCUACAAGUGCAAGCAGUGCUUCCGUGCCUUUGCAGUCAAGAGCACCCUGACUGCCCACAUGAAGAUCCACACAGGCAUUAAAGCUUUUGAGUGUCAGUACUGCAUGAAAUGUUUCUCCACAUCUGGGAGCAUGAAGGUCCAUCAGCGUCUCCACACUGGUUUACGGCCGUUCCCUUGUCCUCACUGCGAGAAGUUCUUCCGUACAUCAGGCCACAGGAAAACGCAUGUCACCUCACACUUUAAGAGUAUACACCAUAAAAAACACAAAUACCCUCGAAAAACUCACAAAACUAGAGUGUCCAGGAGCAAUCUGCCUUUGCCUGAUAUACCUCUCCAGGAGCCAAUACUCAUCACAGACAUGGGGCUCCUGCAGAACCAGAACUCACGGGCCGCCCUGCAGCAGUAUCUGGACAUCGUGGAGAAUGAGCGUCCGUAUAAGUGUGGAUUCUGUAGCAAAGCGUACAAGAAGUCAAGUCACCUUAAGCAGCACAUCAGGUCACAUACAGGGGAGCGGCCGUAUAAGUGCCUGCAGUGCAGUAAGGGCUUUGCUUCAUCCGGCGUACUGAAAGCUCAUAUCCGCACACACUCUGGCCUCAAAGCCUUCAAGUGCCUGCUGUGUGACACCACCUUCACCACCAGCGGGAGCCUGCGACGCCACAUGACUACCCACAGCAACAUACGGCCCUACAUGUGUCCCUACUGCCAGAAAACCUUCAAAUCCUCCCCCAACUGCAGAAAGCACAUGAAAACACACAGGUAUGAGCUGGCUCAACAGCUGCAACAGCAGGAGGGCUCAAAUGACAUGCAGCCGUCCACAGCUGUGGUUGGCACAGGGACCCCGAGCAUGCUUGAGGUGGUGGGAGACGGCCAGCAGGUGACACUGCCGACUGCACUGGGGGAAGAUGCUCUGCAAGAAACAGAAUCGUUUGUGAGUGUGCAGCAUGCACACAUGGGACAGUUUGAGGCACCAGCGCUGUCUCAGCCCACAUUUGAACAGCCAGCUAUGACGCAAGGUUUCACUAUAGCUGAGGGAUUUACUCAGCAGGCACAUUUCUCUACAGUACAGCAGCUUCAGGACUCAAGCACACUGGAGUCACAAGCCUUGACGGCCAGCUACCACCCUCCCAACCUACUGCAUGUAACACACUCCGAGACGAGUGCUUUAUUGCAGGAGGCGAGUCAAGGAGAGCUACAGCUGUCUAUCCAGACACAAGACUUCCAGGAUGAGGAUGAAAUCAACAAGAGAGUCUAUCGGUGCAGUAUUUGUGAUAAGAGCUUUAAAAAGUCCAGUCACCUAAAGCAGCAUGUGCGCUCUCACACUGGAGAGAAACCUUAUCGCUGUAACCUCUGUGGGAGGAGCUUUGUGUCCGCUGGAGUGCUCAAAUCACACCUGAACACGCACACAGGAGUGAAGGCUUAUAAGUGUAACAUUUGUGACACCUGCUUCACCACUAACGGUAGUCUGAACCGACACACGAUCAUCCACUUGAACACAAAGCCCUUCAAGUGCACAGUCUGCGAGGAAAGCUUCCGCACCGUCAUGCUGCGCAGGAAACACAUGAAACUCCUGCAUGCUGUAGGUCCCAAAGUUCUGGAAACUGAUGAAGCCGGUGAGGAGGAGGAUGAUGGGUCCGACCGCUCAGGGAUGAAAAGAAACCGCAACGGUAUCAUCACGUUAACUGAAGAGCAGACAGCAGAGCUGGCGAAGAGAGACCCUGGGGAUGAGGCAUCUCUAUCAGAGAAGGUUCUUGCCCAGACAGCUGCUGAACGAGAUCGAAUCAGUGAAGUUAAAGACAAAUGUGUUGAGCUCAACAUAGAGCCAAAGUUUGCAAACCGUUGCCAAUUCUGCCCAAAGAGCUUCAAGAAGCCCAGUGACCUGGUGAGACACAUCCGGAUACAUACAGGCGAGAAACCAUACAAGUGCGAUGAGUGUGAAAAGUGUUUCACAGUGAAAUCCACAUUGGACUGUCAUAUUAAGACACACUCAGGUGAGUUCAGCUGUCACAAGUGUCUAAUGCUGCAGGUCUUGUAAGCGGUGGCAACGGUGCUUCAGAAAUCACACUGACUAUUAAUAAUUCCAGUCUGACACAAGCUUUAGUACAGACCAGU